AUGUUUAACGCGUCACACAAUCCAUCGUUGAAUGAGGAUUUGAAAAACGUCGCCACUAUUUUUACAAUCGUUACCAUCUUAUUAGCUCUUUUAACUAUUCUUUUGGAUUUAUCCAUUUUAGCUCGUCUAAUUUGUCAUGGUAAACUUAGAAAGUGUAUGUCCAGAAGUAAGAGCCGUCGCGUAGGCCUUCUCCAUUCGACGAAUACCUAUAUUCAUGUUAUCGGUUGUACAACAACAUUUCUCUUGAUUUCUAUUCGAACUUUAUUUGGCGAUUUUUAUACAGAUAAUAAAUUCGAGAGUGUUCCUUCGCGGCAUUGUCGUUUGCUAAAUUGUUUAAUGUCUAUGUUUUCAGCAGGUAUAUAUGGUUCUUGUUUUCUACAUGCACUUUUUCGUUUCUGGCGCACAGUAAAAUCUAAACAACGCUUAUUGAGACAAUUUACAUACAAUAUUCGACUGAUUAUUGUUCAUUGGAUAAUAAUUAUGAUACUGUCUAUUCCUGUUUGGUUUCGUUCAGUUUAUUUAUCGUCGGAAAACUAUUGUUUCAAUCGCUUUAGUGAUACAUGGUCAUCAGUAUAUAUCUCGAUCAUAUUUGUUGCAAUACCUGUAUCUGGCAUUUUUAUUGUUUACAUGGAAAUUGUUUUCUACAUGAAACAGCAUUGGCAAUCAAGAGAACGACUGAGACGAAUGAAACGUGAUGUCAUAACUAUUAAAAGAAUUAUUCUAUUAGUUAUUGUUCUGUUGGCUACUAGUAGCGCUGCAAUUAUCCUUUGGUUAUUAAUGUUUGUUCAAAAACGUAUGCAUCGACUAUCCUAUCGUCUUCUUUGUUUUAUGGCUGUAGUCGACUUGCUAACGUGCAGUGUUACUUUAUUAAGUGUUUCUCCUCAAUUGAGACGUGCAAUAAAAUUAACGGCGCAUCGUCGAAAACGGGAACAUUCAAAUAAUGACUCAGUUGGUAGUCCAAGUGAAAUGAACGUUGUAGAUAGUAUACCGCUCAACGAUAUAUUUAAUUUUUGA